GUGUGUGUGUGUGCGUGCGCGCGCGGGUGCUUCCUAACAGAUAAUAAAUAAAAAAUGUUAUCGUGGAACAUCACAUCCUAUCAUACAAAAAAAAAAAAAAAUCCGUCUGACUUAAUAGUUAAUAUUGAGGCAGUUUCUAGAAAAGUUUUGUGCAUGUAUCCAACCUCCCUUCAAUCUAGAUAUCCCAGACUGAUCUGUAAACAGUGUAUGUAAUAUGCUAAGAUGAUUUUAUGAAAAACGAUAUAUGAAAGUAUCUUGUUUGAUGUACUAAAUUAAGGUAAAGGAAAUGUUUUUCAUCCCAACAAACAAUAUUCGGUUCGUCUCCCCCUUGGCGAUGUAAACAAACAGACGGAUACGGGAACGAUGGCCAAUUUGCGACGCAAGUAGUAAUACCAGUUAAAAACUAUAUAAAAGAAGGAAAAGAAGUGAAAAUACGGAGGUCUGGCUAUAUAUAUUGAAAGAAUGGAAACUUAUGAAAAAGUUUAUUUCUUCCCAGUUCAUAAUGUAACUAUUUAUGAUCUGUAUGAUUGGGCUUGCAAAGAUAAUGAUAACCGUGGCACAGUAGUCAACAGGACAAUGGUCAAAGUGAAGAAUCAAUCAUCUCAUUUGUCAAGAUCACCAAGCAGAAAAUCAUCCCUUAGAGCUGGAAGCCUAGUUAAAGUAAAUGAACAAGAUGUGGCUCUUUUCCGCUAUGGAGAUGUUGUGUAUGCCAUCUCUGAACAUUGUCCCCAUGCAGGUGGUCCUCUGCAUAUUGGUGACAUAGAAGAUGUUCCUGGGAAGUCUCUGUGUGUCAGGUGCCCAUACCAUGGUUGGAAAUUUGACCUCAAAACUGGGAAAUGUUGUCAUCCCAAAUCAAGAGCAGAUUUGUCAACCAUUGUUUUUCCAGUCCGAGUUGAUCCAGAAAGCGGGGAAUUGGCUGGUUGGAUUUGAUGAAUUUAGUCCAUUUUACUUCAGCAGUUCUAAUUUUUGACUCUCCCAUUUUUUUUUCAUAAAUAUACACAAAAUCUAAAAUAAGGUUGCACAUUAGUAUCUUUAGACUGGUCUACCAAUGUAUUAUAGUAUACCUGGGGAAUAGUUCCCUUAUACACAUCAUUAUGGUUAUUCCACACUGACCUCUAUCAAAUGAUAGUAAUUCAAUAUUUCUGCUGAUAUUUAUCAGAAAACUUUAACUCAUUGCCAAUGUGUGUGUGUGUGUGUGUGUGUGUGUGUGUGUGUGUGUGUGUGUGUGUGUGUGUGUGAGAAAUGUCUCAGCACAUAGAUGGCUCUGCAAGUACAUAGCCACAAAGGUGUUAAUUAGUAGAUCUUGUGACCCUACUUGAUUUCACCUCUCCUUGAAUUGACGGGAAUAAUAUUUUUUUACUAACGCCAUGAAUAUCGAUGGUGUUAUAUUUAUAAUAGACAUUAUGAUUAUUAUAAUGUUAUUGACAUUAGCAAGAGCAAUAUACAAUAAUGUAAAAUAUUUUUAAAAAAUCAAGGAAAAGGGUAAAGAGGUGAGACAGGCAGUCCUCGUAAUUUCCUCAUUGGUGACUUAGUGGAAGUGUACCCAUCUGUGUAUAAAAAUUAAGUAAACUUACAAUGAGCAUGGCAUGUAUGUACAUACCAUGCCUGUCGGCUUUGGGUUAAAAUGUGUUUACACCUAUGCACCUGUGCAUGCUGACAUACGUGCACAAAUGUAUGCACAUAAAUGUAAACCUAUGCAUAGGCACAAAUUUGCACACAUUUACACACACACACACACACACACACACACACACACACAAACAC